CUGAGGGACCGGGCUGGGUCCAGUCCCGCUCCCACACACCGGGAGCCCGGCGGUGCGUGGGCGGCCCUGCCCUGCCUGUACCCGUGUGCAUCCCCAGGCGGAUGCGGGCCGGGCAUGGGCAGCGGCCGUCCCCACCCACGUGUGGCUGUGCGCUGACUGUGCGCGGUCCGUGUGUGCUGUGUUCCCUCAGGGUGCGUGUCCCCCGGUGUCCCAGCCCCGCGCCCGCCCUAGCUGGCGCCGGGAGGCAGCGGCGACCCCCGGGAGGCGAUGGGCGAGUGGGACCGGGUGUUCCGGCAGCACCUGCCGCUGCCGCCGCACCCGCAGCGGGGCCGGGCCCGGCCCCCGCCCCGCUCCGCCGCCCUCCGCUGCGCCCUCAAGUACCUGCACGGCGCUGCCCUCUCCCAGGGAGCCGAGUACCAGCUGCGCCUGUCCCUUUUUGAUGCCACCUACCACCACUUCUUUGGGAGGACGUGGAGGAGCAGCUGGCGAGCGGCCAGCGCUGCCCCGCCGCGCUCGGCCAGGGCGACGUUCAACGAGGUCGUUUACUUUCACACCUCCUUGAACCACCCUGGCAUCGCUGCUGUCGUGGAAGUGGUAAAGAGAGCUGGGAAAGGGGAUGGGGGCUCUCAGCACCUUUCCUGUGGCUUUGGAAUCAUCCCCCUCUUCCACGGUGGAUCAGAGGUGACAGACCUGGCCACUGAGGACAGAGCGCUGAAGCUGUACCAUGGGACACCACGUGCCCUACUGCACCCACGCUUCCAGGACCCUGUGGAAAAGAACAAAUACAUGACAGUGAUGGAGAAGAGCCACCUGCAGUAUGGCCUGAAGUCCCACCAGCCCCUGGAGGCAAUAUUUCACCUACUUCCUGAAAACCUGCUGAUAUCUGGGCUGCAGACUGUUCCUGGCUUGCUGCCGGCACGUGGAGACACAGGCGACUGCUUGCAGAAGCCCCGGCUCAUGAAGACGGUCACCUGCUACCUGGAGCGGCUUUCCAUCCAGUUGUACCCUUCCCUGGAGGAGUUUGAGGAGGAACUGCUGGAUUUGCUGAACAGCGAUCGCUUACUUCAGGUACUGCCAAUGUUGUUGGGGCAGGGGAAGGCACAGUGUAGAGCAGUAAUUCUAGUGUCUGGAAUUAUGGGUGGGGUGAAGGCUAACAGUGCCCCAGAUGGUGAGGAGGUGGUGGUUCGGGAGCGGCGGCUGCACGUCGGCGUCCACAACGGCCUGCGCUUCGUCCGGGCACCGCAGGUGGCUGUGCUGGUGCCAGCAGCAGAAUUGUCACCAGGUCGCUGCCAGGGGGUGCCCAGCUCUGGAGCCAGGGAUGGUCAAGCCCUAGUGCUGAGGAGCCGCAUCCAGCUGAGUGAAAUGGUGCCUCACCCGGCAUUCAGGGUCUGCUUCCAGCUGGAGUAUGUCUUCUGCAGCACGGGGAGAGCUGGUGGCAAGGCCCUGUCGGGCAGUGCCCGCAGCGAGGCGGCCGACAUGCGCUCGGUGCGCUGGGCUGUCUGGAGCCCUGUCCCGGGCACUGGUGACACGGAUGUGAUUCUGCCCCUGCGUGGCGGUGCCCGCCGUGGCCCCUGCCAAACCUUGGUCUACCAGACCCCACCGAGCUCCCGGCAGGGGAAGCACGUGGAGUCUGGGACUGUCCAAUUCCAUGUUUCCACUGAUUCGGAAGAACAUCUUGUAACUGCUGCAGAGAUCCUAUGUAAAGACAGGGACGAGUCGAAGAAGCCUCCUACGCCAUCGCUGAGAGUGCCAGCCCCACAGCGAGUGCCAGUCUCCCCACGGGGACCUGGGCUGUCAGUGUCCCAGCUCGUGGCCUCACCACGGAGCACAGGCCAGACCCUGCAGCAGGAUGGGGGCAUCACCCACCUGGAGGCCGACCUGGGCUCGCCGGACGCAGAGCCCUGUGCCAGCGAGCAGCUGCAGGCGCUGCCCUUCACCCCUCUGCAGCUGCCCAUGGCUGCUGUGGGACUGCAGGCAUGCAGUUCCCACGUGUCCCUGUCUCGUGCCGCGCUGGCGCGCCUGCACGCUGCCGGCUUUCCAGACAUCCUGGACCUCAACCAGGAGCCAGUGGAAAUCUCAGAGCCAGUGGAGCUGGGCAGUUUCAACCUGCGGCUGGAGGAAGCUGACCCUCUGCAAGGCAAUGAAAUAGUCCUGCAGUUCCUGGCUUUUGGCAGAGAUGCCCAGGACAGCGUGGAGGGGCUGUGGCCAAGGACUGUCUUCCUCACCUUCCAGUUCUACCGUUUCCCACCGGUCACCACGCCGCGGCUGCAGCUGGUCAGCAUGGAUGGGGGACUGGCAGCUGGGCUGGCUGUGCCUGCACAGCUCCUUGUGCGUGUCAACGAGGAUGGGACCCUGACCAGACCACCGGGCUUGCAGCUGAAGUACAUGGUGGAUCCAGCUUUCCUGAGGCCCGGGGAGCAGAGCUGGUUCCUGCGGUACCUGGCUGAGCACAGCCUCCAGAUUGACGUCUGGGAUGGAGACUCCCUGCUCCAUUUUGGGUCUGCUGCCAUUAAACUGGAGCCCCUGCUGCGCCAGGGCCAGACGUCUGUCAGGACCUACCACGAGCUGGAGGUGGCCACGGCGGAGUACGAGGCGGACGGGACGGUGCUGGGCCGGGAGGCUCUGCGGCACGGCGCCCUGCGGCCCCUCGGGGUCCGUGUGGCUGUGAGGGGCCGCCUGCACCUCUGCCUGGCCAAUAUUGGUCACCCAUGCGAGGAGACCCCAGGGCAGCUGCCGUCCCAUUCCUGCAUUGCCACUGCAGCAGACAGCACUGUCACCACCCCAGGUGGCAGGGGGUACUCCCUGAACACUCCUGGUGGCAGGAGGACGGUGUGGGCACGGAGGCUGGUGGAUGUGGACAACGAGCUGGAGGCCGCACUGCGCAGUCGCCGGCCAGAAGGCUGGCCAAAGCAGCGUGCCUGGGACCUGCAGGUCAUCGACUCCUACCGGGAUCACAUCAAAGGAGAGAGCAUCUACCAGAUGCUCAGCCAGGCCAUCACAGCCACCCGCACUGUCCACGCUGUGCUGGGGACAGCUGAGUUCUUCGAGUUCGCCCUGAAGAACCCGUACAGCGUCCAGCACACCGUGACCAUCGAGGUCGACCACCCCGAGCUCAGUGUCAUACUGGACCCGAGGGAGUGGCGCCACUUCAAGGAGCUGACCAAGAGUGUUACACCGGUGGAAGAGGACAUGUUCCAUCUCCGUGAGGACCUCAAGCCUCAGGUCUACCUGCGCCCCAGUGAGACUGUCCACAUCCCCUUCAAAUACCAGACCUUCUCUGCAGACCCUGCCGUGGUUGCAGCACAGGGGCCAGCUGGGCUGGGCACUGGUGCCAAUGAGAAUGCUCACUCCUUUGGGAAGAGUGGGGCCAAGCAGGCAAAGCUCAUCCAGGUUAGGGAGCCACGUGAAACACAGCUUGUGGGGCUGCAUGGGAGGAGCAGAAUCAGUGGAAAACUGCAGCCCUCCUGCUGGCCCCCGGGACAGGUCUCCUUCCAGGUGAGCAGGGGGAAGCCCAUUGCGCUCCUGAGGGUGAAGGUGGAGCCACAGCCCCAUGUGGUGGAUCAGACCUUUCGCUUCUACCACCCAGAGCUCACCUUCCUGAAGAAAACCAUUCGGCUGCCUCCCUGGCACACCCUCCCUGGCACGCCAGUGGGGGUGCCGGGCGGGCAGCCUGAGAUGUUUGUUCGCUGCAGUGACCCUGACAUCAUUUGUGAGACCAAAUCCUUGGGGCCUGGCGAGCCACAGGACAUCUUUCUCAAAGUAGCCGGAGGACCAAGCCCGCAGAUCAAAAAAUUCUUUGUUGCUAUUUAUACGGACGCCUGGCUGGCAGCACCUGUCCAGAUCUGGCAGUUCUACCUGCACUCUCUGCAGCGCCUGGACGUCGCCUGCACGGCUGGGCAGCUCACACGCCUGUCCCUGCUGCUGCGCGGCACCGCGGCCCCGCGGAGGGUGCGCGCCUUCCCCUCCCACCCCCAGGAGCUGGAGGUGGAUCCCAACGGUGCCUUCCUCCUGCCUGCCAAUGGCGUUCAGGACCUGUACAUCGGUGUGAGGCCACGGCGGGCUGGCAGCAAGUUCAUCUACCUCAACCUGGUGGAUGUGGAGUCCCACCAGCUGGUGUCCUCCUGGCUGCUCUGCCUGUCCUGCAGGCAGCCUCUCAUCUCCAAGGCCUUUGAGAUCUCUCUGCCUGCGGGAGGUGGGAAAGGCUGCAACAAGCGCAUCACCUACACCAACCCCUACCCCUCAACCCGCCUCUACUUCUUGUGCACCAACCGCCCUGACCUGCUGCAGUUCAAGGAGGACUCCUUCGAGGUGGCUGGAGGGGAGGUGUACACCAUCGGCCUGCGCUUCGCCCCGAGCCAGACUGUGGGGGAGGAGGAGAUCCUGAUCCACAUCAAUGACCACGAGGACAAGAACGAGGAGACCUUCUGUGUGAAGGUCCUGUACCAGUGAGGCCUCCUGCUUGUCACUGCAGAGCUGCUGCAGGUUCCUGUGCCAGCCCACACCACCUUGGGGGUGUCUGUAUCUGUCUGAGGGUGCUCAUGACCCCCAUCCCCUGGCUGUCACCUUGCCAGUGGGAUCCCUGGGCAUUUCCAUGAGUGCUGGUGGUGCCAGGCAGCUCCCUCUGCACAAAUUGAGACGAGUGGAUGUGUUACGGCACUUUGUGAUUGCAGGAUCUGUAUUUUUGUUAGGCAUGAUGAUAUUUUAGGCACUUUUAAUCUUUUUUUAACUUAAAAAGUUUGCAGAUUUGAUUCUGCGGAAUAUUUUUAAAAUAUUUUAUAUUAAACGGUGA